AUGCUCAGCAUUGGGGAACUUUUAACAAACACACUUUCGGGCGAUCAGAAAACUCGUGAAGAUGCCCAAAGACAACUUGAACAAGCAGAAACGACCAACUUUGUAAUUAUUGCUCGUUUUCAUCCCAUGUAUGUUGCGAUGCUCUGUCAAGAGCUUGCAAAUGAACAGUCGUCACAAUAUACUCGAAACGCGGCUGGUAUAGCUUUGAAAAAUACUCUGUCCUCGUCGGAGGCGUCCAGAAGAAAUGAAAUGAUACAAAGAUGGUUGUCGGUGGACGAGGCAACGAGACAACAAAUUAAACAAGCGGUACUAUCUACGUUGGCAUCUUCAGACACAAGAGCUGCUACCACAGCUGCACAGGUUAUUGCUGCGAUUGGAGCUAUCGAACUUCCUAUGGAAAAUCAAUGGCCUGAUUUAAUGAAAAAUUUGUUGGAAAAUGUUACCACAACUAAUAACAGUACCCUCAAGAUAGCUACUCUAACCGCGAUUGGUUAUAUUUGUGAAUUGAUCGAUCCUAUUAUUUUGGCACCGCAAGCUGGGGCAAUUCUUACUGCAGUUGUAUCAGGUGCCAAAAAAGAGGAACCCAAUCAAGAUGUUCGUAAAGCUGCAGUUGAUGCUCUUUACAACUCGCUCGAGUUUAUUCGGGAUAAUUUUGAACGCGAGGGCGAACGUAAUUACAUUAUGCAAAUUGUAUGUGAAGCCACACAAAGCUCUGAUGUAAAUGUGCAAGUUGCUGCCUUUGAAUGUUUGGUUAGAAUAAUGCAGAUUUAUUAUGAUAAGAUGAGAUUUUAUAUGGAAAAGGCUUUAUUUGGUUUGACCGUCCUUGGAAUGAAAAGUGAAGAUGAAAGAGUUGCUUUGCAAGCCGUCGAAUUCUGGUCAACAGUAUGUGACGAGGAAAUCGAAUUAGCUAAUGAAGCUAUAGAGGCCUCGGAUGCAGGAGAGACCCCAGAUCGCUUAAGUCACAACUUUGCAAAAGCUGCUUUACCUGAAAUAUUACCCGUCUUGCUUUGGCUUCUCACCAAACAAGAAGAAGAAGCUGAUGAAGACGAUUGGAAUGUUGCAAUGGCCGCUGGAACUUGUUUAUCGCUUUUGGCUCAAUGCGUUGAGGAUGCCAUAGUUACGCCCGUGAUUCCGUUCGUAGAAAGUCAUAUUCGUAGUGCUGAUUGGCGUUUUCGGGAAGCAGCUAUUAUGGCCUUUGGAUCUAUUUUAGAAGGCCCCGAGCACAAACUGUUAGCUAAUUUGGUGAACCAAGCUUUACCAGUCCUGAUUGACAUGAUGAAGGACGACUCAGCUCAGGUUAAAGAUACAACUGCUUGGACACUCGGGCGUGUUUCAGAAUUGUUGAUUGAAUGUAUUAAGCCUGAUGAACAUCUUCAAAGCCUUAUUUCCGCACUUGUCUUGGGAUUAAGAGAUUCACCAAGAAUUGUCUCAAAUUGUUGCUGGGCACUGAUGAGCUUGUCUGAUCAGUUUGGUAGCAGAGAAUCUUCUUUACCGACCUAUGCUUUAUCUCCUUUUUAUGAGGGCAUUAUUUCGGCUCUGAUGGAAACCACAGAGAGGUCAACCAAUGAAUCUAACUCGCGAACAUCGGCUUAUGAAUGCAUCUCCACUCUGGUGCAAGGGGCCGCAUUGCUGACGGUCACUAUACUUGAUAGAUUGGAUGCCACUAUUCAAGCAACAACUCAAAUUGUAGGCAGUGACGAACGUCAUGCUCAUUCAGAACUUCAAUCAAAUCUCUGUAGUGUCUUAACGAGUAUAAUCCGCAAAUUGAAACAAGAAGUGGUGCCAUUCGCUGAUAGAAUUAUGACUACAUUAUUAUCAUUGUUUACUUCAUCAACAAAACAUUCUACAACAUUAGAAGACGGAUUUUUAGCUGUAGGUGCCAUCACUACAGCUGUGGAAGCUGACUUCGUCAGAUAUCUUGACGCUUUCGCACCAUUCCUUUAUGCUGCACUUUCGAACCAUGAGGAAUAUGCUCUUUGCUCGAUUGCCGUUGGACUUAUUGGUGAUAUCUGUCGUGCCCUCCAAGAGACUUCAUUGCCAUAUUGUGAUACAUUUAUGAACAUUCCUAUAUUGAACAGGAACACCAAACCCGCAGUCUUGUCUUGUUUUGGCGAUAUUGCCCUCGCUAUUGGAGGAAAGUUCGAAGUGUAUUUGGAAGUGGUGAUGAUGGUCCUUGCCCAAGCUAGUACAAUGCGUACAGCUAAGGAUGCUAAUUAUGACAUGAUCGACUAUGUGAUGGCGUUGCGUGAAGGAAUACUUGAAGCAUAUGUUGGUAUCGUACAAGGGUUAAAGUCGGGUGAAAAAGCUGAAUUACUCUUACGUUACAUCGAACAAAUCUUUAAUUUCUUGGCGAUGACUUGGAAUGAUAUUGAUAGAUCAGAGAUUAUUGUCCGUAGCAUGAUUGGUUUAAUCGGUGAUCUAGCUGAAGCUUUCCAAAGCGGCCAAAUCAAACAAUGGUUCGUGGCCGAUUUUGUUAAUGCUGCAUUAAAGGAAGGUCGAACUAAUCGCAAUUUGCCUAAUGGUACAAAAGAAGUUACUCGAUGGGCUAAGGAGGUUGAAUUGUUUUAUUUUCGUUUGAAAAAAGUAGAAUAUUUUCAAAGAGAGAAAUUAAAAAUUCGAGAUAAUGUGGAUAUGACGAUUAAAGAGGAUCGAGAAUUUAUCAUUGAGGAUAUAUCGAAUGGUUUAGAAAGAUGUCCCAUUUCAUUAAUUUAUGAUGAUAUUAAAGAAUUCGAAGAAUUACAAAAUGCAUUUCACAAAUAUGUGGUUCAUUGUGUAACUUCAUGUACGAUUCCAUAUUAUGAUGGGUGCGACUGUAAAGACAACUGCGAAUCUGAAGAUUGUGGUUGUAAAUCGGCUCAUGGAUUCUUUUAUACGUCAAACGGAUUGAAUCCAACUUUCCUUCAACCUGAAUCUACAUCCACAAAUAUUUCCUUGUACGAAUGUAACGCUAAUUGCACAUGCACUCCUGAUAAAUGUACCAAUCGAUUGGUGCAACGCGGAGUAUCGUUUCCCCUACAAAUUUUCAAAUGUGAUUCUGGAUGCGGAUGGGGUGUAAAAUCUCAUAUAAAUAGAAUUCGUAAAGGUGAUUUCGUUUGUGAAUAUGCUGGUGAAGUCAUUAAAACUGAUGAAGCAAAACGUAGAUGGAUCAUUUCCAAGGAAAAGAAUGAAGACAAUUAUAUACUUUGUUUAAGAGAGCAUAUGCAAGAUCGAAUUCUAAGAACCAAUAUAGAUCCAAUUCAUAUAGCUGCUCUAUUUGCAAGGAGGGAUAUUGAAAUGGGUGAAGAAUUAUCUUUUGAUUAUUCUGGUGGUAUAAAUGAUAAUACUAUUGAAGAAAGCAAUAUUAGUGUAAAAAGAAAGAAAUGUUUAUGUGGUAGUCAAUUUUGUAAAGAGUAUCUUCCAUUUGAUCAAUCUUUAUAA